UUCGCGUCCGUCACUAGUAGCGCCAUGCUUGAACCACCAACAAUCCAAGAUGGCGCCUUCCUCUAGUUUUUAGCGCGCUCAAAAUGUCACAGGAAACCACGGAAAGGCCCACAGUGGAGCAAGUGAGGUCUGUAAUAUCGACACUUUACAACAGCCCAGACCCACAUGCGAAGGAGAAGGCGUCGGAAUGGCUUGGUCAUCUCCAGAGAUCGGUAUAUGCCUGGGAAAUAGCAGACCAGCUGCUGAUGCAAAAUACAGAUGUAGAGACCAGUUAUUUUGCUGCACAGACCAUGAGAACAAAGGUUCAGUAUUAUUUCCACGAGUUGCAACCUGCACAGUAUGACUCACUGCGGCAGUCUAUCCUACAUCACCUCGCAAACAGACACAAUGCUUCGCAGGCCAUCAUCACACAGCUCUGUUUGGCCUUGGCUGACCUUGCUGUUCAGAUGCCACAAUGGAAGCAUGUGGUUGAUGAAUUGGCUCACAGAUUUGGAUCUUCAGUGGAAAGUUUACCACUUCUGUUGGAGCUUUUAACAGUGCUUCCGGAAGAGGUUGACAGCCAUCACCUGAGGGUUGGAGCGAACAGAAGAGAAGCAGUACUGAAUGAGCUGAGGCACUCGGCACACACCGCACUGCACCUUAUGACAACAUGUGUUGAAAAGUGUUCAGCAGACGAGAAAAUCAGAAUCAAGCUGUUUCGCUGUGCAGGUAGCUGGGUGAUGCUUGGAGCCUUUCCACCGCAAGAAUUUGUCAACAGCAAGUUAAUGGCAAUAACAAUUGAGACACUGAUGAACCCCACCCAACAAACAAGUGACAUGCUACAUGAAGCUGCUGCUGAUUUUAUCUGCAAUGCUCUCUACACGGCAGAGUCGGGACAGGAUCUAGAUCUUCAUUUGCCUCUCGCUGAUGGACUCUUCCAGAAAGUUAUGGCUCUCGGACCAGCUUAUGAAGCGGCUGUCAAUGAGGAGGACUUUGACAGGGCACUCAAUCUGUGCAGAGUUUUUACCGAAAUGGGAGAGUCAUUCCUUCACCAAAUUGUAGACAUGCCAGGGAGGGAUCUAGGAGACCUGAGGACUCUUUCAAUCCUUCUUAGCUGUGUGCAGCAUAAUCAAUAUGAGAUUGCAGAAAUAACAUUCAACUUCUGGUACCGACUCUCUGAGGCAAUAUUUAAGACAGAGGAUGACUCCAAGUCAAACGUAUUUAAACCCUACAUCGAAAAGCUUAUUGAGUCCUUAAGUUCCCAUUGUCGCAUGGAAGCCGACCAUGAAGGGAUCCCAGAUGAGGAGAGUGAGUUUAGCGAGUUCAGGGAGCGUGUAUCAGAACUCAUCAAGGACUGUGUGUUUAUCGUCAGCUCCACCAAGUGCUUUCAACAGAUGUACCAAAGCCUAGUUAGCCAUGGUUCCAACAUGUCUUGGGAAUUUACUGAAUCUAUCCUCUUUGUCAUGGCUACCGUAGCAAGGGCUGUCGCACUUGAGAGCGACGUGGUCGCACAGUUUCUCCCCAUUGUGUUAAAUCUUCCUGAGGCAGUCCACAUCGCCGUUAAAUACACGAGCAUUCGACUGAUCGGCGAGCUUGCUGACUGGAUAGAAAAACACCCAGAUUUCCUAGAUCCCAUCAUGCAGUUCCUGUUGUCAACAGUCCAAGUGCAGUCACUGUCGUCUGUGUCUGCUGUAGCAGUUGAACAGAUCUGCGUAGCCUGCCACAAGCAGAUGGGCAGACACUUUGAUGUGCUCGCACAGGUUGUUAUAGCUACGGACUCAUUGCAUAUGUCCAGUGAAGCGACUGUUGGGUUGAUUAAAGGCGUAUGUAAGAUUCUUGAAGGUGUCGAGUCUCCAGACAAGAUAACCGAGGGUAUGAGGAGGCUUUGUUCGGCGCAAGUCAGCGCAUUGAACCAGAUAUCUCAUGCUCCCGCAAAUAGUUUUCCAGACCCGACCCUAUGGCUCGAUAGACUCGCCGCUGUCUUCAGGAGCAUCGAAUACAGGCCAUCGUCAGGGAAAACCCAUCCGUGCCAGGUGGUGGUAGAAGAGGUGUGGCCCACCCUAGCGAAUCUUUGUGAGAAAUAUCAACAUGAUGUCAAGAUCAUCGAACGGUGCUGCAGAUGUAUGAGGUUUGCUGUGCGGUGUAUUGGGAAGUCUGCAGGGAAUCUUCUAUCCCCCAUGGUCGAUCAGAUGGUUCGUAUCUACGCGAAUCACAAGCACUCUUGCUUUCUCUAUCUUGGGAGUAUACUGGUAGACGAGUAUGGAGAUGAAGAGGGCUGCGUUCCCGGACUUGUACAGAUGACCAAGGCCCUCGCUUUACCAACAUUCGAGAUCCUCAGCGGAGAAAAAGGACUAGUGGAGCACCCAGACACUGUUGACGAUCUCUACCGACUUAUAUCGAGGUGCAUCCAGAAGUUCCCUCUGCAGUUCCUGCAGUGUGACAUGGCAAACCACGCCCUUCAGUGCGCCAUCGCCGCCGCCACCCUGCAGCAUCGCGAAGCCAACAGCUCCGUCAUGAAGUUCCUCAAGGAGCUCAUCCUCUCGGGGGCCAUCAAGGUUCAGGGUCUACACAAAGAUAAGAACGAUCAAAUUCAUGAGCGAUCGUCACUCGUGCGUCAGAUCCUUUCAGGUCAAGGGCAGAAUAUCGUCAAUGGUCUCAUCCACGCAUGCGCGGGCUCACUGCCGACUUAUAUGAUUCCCGAAGUUGCAGAUGUUAUUUAUGAACUGCUGGCUUUCUGUAGACAGGAGACCUUGCAGUGGAUAAGCCACUCCCUCUCCUCACUACCGACCCAGUCCGUGCCUGGUCACGUGAUAGCAACCCCAGAGCAGCUCCGUGAAUUUCACAACUCACUCUCAAGCGCAUCCAAUCAGCAAGGCGUGUGGAAAGCAGCCAAGGUAUUCUCGCGUCUUUUCCGGUGACCUGGUAACGAGAAGUAUGACUUCGCACUCAACCGCUGUCCUCCACGCCGUGGAAUGGAUUGGACUGUGGGAUGGUGUGGAAUUACAUCGUAGUCGUUGCAUGCUAUUAUUAGACGGGAACUAAAGCUGGUGUUUUAUUUCGAUAAAAUGAAGUUCAAUUCAGCAUUAAGUCGCCAGAGAUGCUAUAGCUGAUAUUGAGGAAGAAUCUGACAUUGAUAUAAUGCAUAAAUCUGGCGAAGUCUUUGGCAAGCUUCGUAGCUUGGUCUGUCACAAGACUGCUUACCUUCUGUCCAGAGUUCAUCGGAUUCAAUUAAGUAAAGUUUCAUCAAGUGGAAGAGAGUUCCAAUAUUACAUUCCCUGCUGGUUGUAAUAACGAUGGGGUUGCUGCUUACACAAGGAUCAUGUUAUUUUGAAAAAGGAGAUAUUUGCUGCUGUAUUUCUAGGAAUAACAAGAAGAUAUCCACUGCUGUAUCUUCCUGUUUUAUCUUGUGCUGCAACACUCACAAAGCUAGGAUCGUUUGCACCACCAAGAGUCACUUCAGUGAUUUUAAGUUUCACAUAGCAAAAGGAAGACAGGGCAAAGAACAAAGAUGGAUGGAUUUAGUCGAGACAUUGUUUGAGAAAGAAGCGAGGAUUUAUUGAUUUGUACAUAAAGUAGACUUUUAAAUAUAAUUCAUGUUUAGCUGUAAACAACACGUUUUAGAGCCACAGUAACUAUUUUUGUUUGUUGGACAUAUUUUUAGAUUAAUAUUUUUCUCUCAUGAACUCUAUGAUGAUUUAAUACCCUAUGAUUAUAUAAGAAGCCUGUGUA